CUUUUUUAUAAAAUCAUCAAAGAGUAAACAGUUAAUAAAAUGACUCACCAAUUUGCUGUUCAUGUUAAGUAAUGACAAAGGAAAAAUAACAAACUACAAUAUUUUGCUCAAAUGUAUUUAAUGAUUUUUUAUAAAGUUAAAUGACGCAAUUGGUGCAUUGUCGGUGUAAAAUAUAAUAUUGUAUUCUAACGCACCGUAAAUAAAAUAAGCUAAACGCGAGGACAGAGCUAUACAGAUACAAAACAAAGACGACACGGUUGUUUGAACAGGAAAUUAGACAAACAAACUUAUAUGCUGGUAAAUAAAGUAUUUUCUAAACAAAACCUACAGGCAGGGACUUCUCUUGAUGUGACACUGUCGCAUCCUGUUCACGACUGCUUAGCAUGUUGAAAUUUCUGCCUUCGAGAAUUCAGCUGCGACCGAACUGAGGAGCGCAUUUAUAUAUCAUUUUAUUACGGUAGUGGUGACUAUGGAGGAUCCCAUUUCACCAAACCGCCCGACAGCAGGACUUCGCUAAAGUGUGUGUUUGCGUGUGUCUGCGGCUGAAGUUAGCCGACAAGCUGACGUCAACCUAGAUCAAGCGACUGUGAGUGAUCAGCCCAUUAAAGCGAAGAAGAACUACAAACAAUAACAACUGAGGGAACACAGGAGGCAUCGCCAUGAGGAUCUUAAGGUUUCUGAGGAGCAGCCUGUCCACAGGGAAGGAAAUCGACUAUUACUCCAAAUUCUCACCGUCCCCUCUCUCCAUUAAGCAGUUUCUGGAUUUUGGUUCAGAGAAUGCAUGUGAGAAAACUUCGUUCGUCUUCCUCAGACAUGAGCUGCCUGUGAGGUUGGCAAACAUCAUGAAAGAAAUCAACCUGCUGCCAGACAACUUGUUGAGGACCCCAUCAGUCCGGUUGGUUCAGAGCUGGUACAUGCAGAGUAUACAGGAGAUUAUCGAGUUCAAAGAAAGAAAUGCAGAUGAUGAGAAGGUUGGUUAUGAUUUCACAGACGCUGUGAUAAAAAUCAGAAACCGGCACAACGAUGUCAUUCCCACCAUGGCUCAGGGAGUGGUGGAGUACAAAGAGACGUACGGCACCGACCCGGUCGUCAGCCAGAAUGUUCAGUAUUUCCUGGAUCGUUUCUACAUGAGUCGGAUAUCCAUCCGGAUGCUGCUCAACCAGCACACGCUCCUCUUCGGUGGGAAGGUGAAGGUGAACCCGGCUCAUCCCAAACAGAUCGGCAGUAUUGAUCCGCACUGUCGUGUCAGUGAGGUGAUCAGAGACGCCUACGAAAACGCACGGAAUCUCUGUGACCGGUAUUACAUGAACUCUCCUGAGCUGAAGCUGGAGGAAUCCAAUGUCAAAGAGCGGGAAAACCCCAUAACUGUGGUCUACGUUCCAUCUCAUCUCUAUCACAUGGUGUUCGAACUUUUUAAGAACGCCAUGCGGGCCACCAUGGAGUUAUAUGGCGACUCCAUGGAGUGUCCUCCCAUCCACGCACACAUCGCUCUGGGAACUGAGGAUCUGACGGUUAAGGUGAGCGAUCGCGGAGGAGGCGUGCCUUUGAGGAAGAUCGACAGGCUGUUCACCUACACGUACUCCACCGCUCCUCGGCCGAACUUCGACGGAUCACGCGCUGCUCCUCUGGCUGGUUACGGUUACGGCCUCCCCAUCUCUCGACUGUACGCUCGCUACUUCCAAGGGGACCUGAAGCUGUACUCUCUGGAGGGUUACGGAACUGAUGCUGUGAUCUACUUCCGGGCCCUCUCCACAGAGUCCAUCGAGAGGCUGCCCGUGUACAACAAGUCGGCGUGGAAACACUACAAGACGAUCCACGAGGCCGACGACUGGUGCGUCCCGAGCAAAGAGCCCAAGGACAUGACCACGUUUCGUAGUUUCUAAUUUUCAAAAGACAAAUCAGUCCUGGAACAAAGUGUGUGGGGGUGGGGGGGGUGGUAAAUGUGGUUUGUGUAUGUGUGGGAGCGUGUAAAGGGUCUUUAUCUCAGUUCAGAGGUUUUGUACAUAAAGUUAAAAAAAAAUAGAAAGACUGACUGAGAAAAGUUUUAGUGCCAUAAAUUAGAACAAGUUGUUCUGGUGAUGAUUAUGGAGCAACACAAACAGAACCGCUGCUUGUCCUCAUCGCGAGUAACUGGAAAUAAACAUGAGCAGCUUUCUAAACAAACACACAAAUAAAAAACAAACAAAUUCUGGAGUUUUGAGCUCAAUACUGAUAUCUAUAGUUUAAUUUUAAAGUUGAUUGUGAUAUUGGCCAGUCAUUUUGUGCACUGAGCACGAUAUUCAGUAUAGAAUGAAAAGCUUCAGAUGGCUGAUGAACACCCAGUGGAUAAAGUGUAUUUACCCCUGUCAGGCAAAACUAACUCUUUAUAUUAUAAUAAGGACAUUUCAGAGGGGCAUCAUCAUGGAAUUACUUAUAACUUAUGACAAAUGAUUGGUUUGUUCUAAAUAAGUACGUCAAUCGUCUCACUUAUACUAAUAUUUGCAAUAUAUGUCAUCAUGAUGACGUCAUCCCACCAUAUGAUCAUAAACUGUUUUUCAAACUAUAUAUGCUUAAAGUCGUGUAUCGUGUAAGAGGCAGCAGAUACUUAUAAACUCCAUUCUCGAACAAGGCAUGGUUUUCUGACUUCUUCAUGGAGCCACAUAUCAUAUAAUCAGGAAUCAAUAUCUGAUCAAUAUAAGCUCUAGAUUGUCUGUUAUUUGCAGAGAUUUCUCAGAAAAUGUGUUUCUCAGACCAUAUUUUGUGUUUUAACCUUUGACCUAUCAACUCCAAAAGUAAUUCAUGUGGAGAUCUGCUCCUAAGUAAUGACCACACCAGGUCGAGUGAAAAUCCAUCCAUGUGUUGUAGAGUUAGUUUGUACAGACACAAAGGGAGAGAGGUGAAAACAAGAACCUGCUUCUGACCAUACCAGCCUGCAGAGCAAUAAACGUAUCAGCGCCCUCUAGUGGACAAACUCACAGCAGCACAGAUUCCUUGAUAGUAACUAUGAAAACAAGCAACAAUAGUACAGUAUUGUAAGUGUGAUGAGCUUCAUAAAGUCUAUCAGGAGGAAAACCCACCUCCUGAAACCCCCUGCGUGGUUCCAUAUCAUUUGUGGGAUUUUCAAAGACUUAAUUUCAGUUUUAAGGCAGGAACUUUAUAAGUUUAUUUUUAAAUAUGCACGUAUCCAAUAGUUUACAGCUUUUCUUGAGGAGCUGUAGUUCAGCUCUGCUCAUUCACUCUCCUAUAUGUGUUCAGUUUGAGGUUUUGGAAGAAAGGGGAACAAUUUAUUGUUGCUUUUUUUUUUAAACCCGUUACAUUUUUCUUGCUGAUUAGUCUUAUUUUUGUAUGUCCUUCAUUCAGGGCAUUUCUUCCUCAGUUGAUUGGUGUUUACAAGCAAAGUUACCAUAGUAGUCCUUGUUUACCGUCUGUUAAGGUCAAGUCUUCACAGUUUAAAGAAUUAAUUGGGAGAUUAAUUGUUACAAUUGCACGUUCAUAUGUUAAUAAGCUUUCUUCUUGAAUUCUCGGAGCAUUUGCAAAUAAUGUGCAGCAAAUGGAAACAAAAUACAAUUUAAGCUCUUCUCUCAUCAGAGUUGUAUUAUUCAGUAAAAAGCAGUAUCUGUGUUUCUCUUGUUGUAUUUUUAGGGACUCUCUGUUAAAUAAGCUACAUUUCAACUUUUCAAUGUUACAAAAGAGCCGUUACACUGUCUGGAUCAUGUUCAGUAAAAAAAAUAAACAGUUCCAACAGA